AUUCAUUUUGGAAUUCAGCUUCAUUCAAUACUGAGACUUCGUAUCUUCAUUUCCCUACAUUCCGUGGAGAGCUCAGUGCUGAUGUGUCUUUCUUUUUUAAGACAACAGCUUCUUCUGGGGUGUUUGUAGAGAACCUGGGUAUCACAGACUUUAUCAGACUAGAACUGCGCGCUCCCACAGAAGUGACCUUUUCCUUUGAUGUGGGGAAUGGUCCUUGUGAAGUCACAGUACAGUCACCCACUCCCUUUAAUGACAACCGAUGGCAUCACGUGAAGGCAGAAAGAAAUGUUAAAGAAGCAUCUCUCCAAGUGGAUCAGCUCCCUCAAAAGUUUCAACCUGCCCCCACUGGUGGGCACCUCCUCUUGCAGCUCAACAGCCAGCUCUUCAUUGGUGGAACGGCCAGCAGGCAGAGGGGCUUUCUGGGGUGCAUUCGGUUUCUGCAGUUGAACGGGAUGGCUCUGGACCUGGAGGGAAGAGCCAAGGUGACUCCAGGAGUGGAGGCAGGGUGUGCAGGACACUGCAGCAGCUAUGCACACUUGUGUCACAAUGGGGGCAUAUGUCAAGAACGGCACAGAGGAGUGGCUUGCGACUGUACAUCCUCUGCCUAUGAGGGCCCAUUCUGCUCACAUGAGAUUUCUGCCUAUUUUGGAGCUGGUUCCUCCAUAAUCUACAGUUUUCAAGAGCAUCACAAUUACACCUUCAAUGGGAACUCCAGCUCCUUAGCAGCUUUAUUUCAUGAGGAGCUAACACUAACCAGGGAAAUAGUCACCUUGAGCUUCCGAACCACGGGGACUCCCAGCCUGCUGCUGUUUGUAGGCUCUGUCUAUGAGGAGUACCUUUCAGUUAUCCUUGCCUCCAAUGGAAGUUUGCAGAUCAGGUAUAAGCUAGACAGACACAGAGAGCCAGAUGUUUUUAACUUUGAUUUUAAAAACCUGGCUGAUGGGCAACUUCACAAUGUGAAGAUUAACAGAGAAGCUGCAGUGGUCUUUGUAGAGGUUAACCAGAAUGCAAGGAGAAGAGCCACUCUGUCAUCAGGGAUGGAAUUCAAUGCUGUCAUAUCUCUUGUGUUGGGGAUGAUUUUAGGUGUGGUAGCAGUGGUGAUAUUUAUCUUGCUCUGCGUCACUGCCAUAGCUAUACGCAUUUAUCAACAGAGAUGGUUAUAUCAAAAGAAUGAGUCAGAUAUCUCAAAAGCUGGAGACAAUGCUGAGAUUGCUCUGAAAAGUGAACUCAACAUGCAAAAUACUGUCAGUGAAAGUCAGAAGGAGUACUUCUUCUGAUCAGUAGCUGUGGUUUACUUAUACUGUAACAAUAUGACUUACUUUCUAAGCCUAAAGCUCUCAUAGGUGAAAACCCAGCCCUGGCCCUCAAGGUCUGGGCAGUGGGCAUGCACCACUACCAACACUCCCACCCCAGCUUCAGCCAAGGUGCCAGGAAUCUCUGCUCAGGGCCCCUCCAUGAUCUGUUUGUGUAGCAGUGACUUAAGUGCAGUCAUUAAUCACUGUGUGGCCCUUUCUGACUGUUCUGACCUGUUCUUCUAAAACUAAAAUGUUAUUUGCCUAAUGAUUUUAGGUUUUAAAUGCAAACAACAAUUUGAACUAUAGUCCUACUCUCUUAAAAAUGUGACAUGGAAAUUUAUAAAAGUCAAAGUUGGACUCUGGUGUUUGUGUUAUGCAGAAAUCUGUCCUGUCCUUUUAUUGAUCACCAGCUGACAUUUGUAAAAAAGGAAAUGCUUCUCAGAUGGUCUGAGCAGGGUUUCCAUCUUCCUGUGAAUGAGAGCUAAGUAGCUAAAAAUGCAUUAGAUACCUAGAGGGAAAAAAAGAAAAACAAAUAACCUUUUUGGUCUAAUGAUUUUUACAUUUUAAUGAUAAAAUAAUGUUUGGUGUCAGUUCUGAAAUUUUAUUAUUGAAUUCAGUUAUGGGAAAGAAAACUAAUAGGUAGCAAAAUAUGUAGAGGAUUUUGAUAUACAAUAAUUUGUUUCUUUGCAAUUUGUAAUUAUAGUCUUUGUAGAAUGAAAUGAUUACCUGGUGAUCUCACAAAAAUGUGUAUUUUCUAACUAAACUUAGCUGAGAUAUAGACACUAUAUUAACACUACAAGUGAAUCUGACCAAAACAUAAUCCUAAAUUUGAUUCCCUCAAGUAUGGGGUGAUCAGGUCAAUUUUUCUUGACAGUCCUGUGAUCCUCUUUUCCUGAAAGUUAUCACAAUUCUUUGGUACCAUCCAACAUUCUUUUUGUUCAUUAAGGCAAAAGUCAUAUUUCAAACUGAAGCUCUACAGCCCCCUUUCUAGAUUUUGAACUGAUUUAGGCAAAAUUCUCCCUUCCUCGAGUUAUUUGUCUCAUCUUGUUACUGUUUGAAAUAUCCUCAGAAUGAUGCUUAUUUAUGUUAACGGAAGAUUUUCUGAACUAUAUCUGUCAUUCUAGUCAAGAUUCUAGUUUCCAUUAGAGCACCCAAAAUUAAAGUUUAUUUUAUAUUAGGAUACAUUUGCAUACUAGAAAAGCAAGACAUUCACAUGUCUAUGAAAAUUGUUCUAGUCAAUACUUUUGUCGUUAAUAACCACCUGGAGAGCCACCAUGUGUGUUCAAUAGCCAUUUAUAAUAAGAAGGUGCUACAUUCUCCAUUUAUCAACUGCCAUGUGCCUGACAGGUGUUAAUAAGAUGGCUUAUCCAAAACAGGACAAUUGGCUAUAUAAAUUUAGCCAUGGUACUACUAAUUUACUGUGUUCGUUUUUAAAAAUGGAAAAGAUUCCCUGUAUAUUAUCUUUUUUGCAAAAACCUGUCUUUUCUUAUGGUUUCAUUAAUAUGAAAUAUUUAUUUGAGUUGUAACCAAUUUAGUACAACAUGUGUUCACUGGCUCAGUUUCUAUGUGUCAGGGGCAAGGCGUGAGUUCACUGGGUCUUCUAUAAAGCUGCAGUCAAGCAUCAGCCAGGGCUGCAUUCUCAUAUGGAGACUCAGCUAGGGAAGGAUCUGCCCCUCUGCUGUCAUGAUUGGAAGCAUCCAGUUCUUUAUUGUUGUAAAAUUCAUGUUUUCUUGCUUCUUCAAAGUGGUAUAGGAGACACACUCUAGAGCAGUCCUGCUAGUGAAAGGGAGACUUAUGUAAUGCACCAUAACAAAGAGCAUGACAUCCUGUACCUGUGCCAUAACUUCUUCCUUAGAAGCAAGUCAAAGAUCCUGCUCACACUCAAGGUGAAAAGGAUAUAUAAGGCUCAUGAACCAAGGGAUUAGGAGGCACCUUAAAAGUCUGCCCACCACAGAACUAUAUCCAUAUUGAUGUUCCCUAAAAUACUGAUGAGAAUUUUAAGGUACAGAUGGUCUCUGACUUACUAUCGUUCAACCAAGGAUUUUUUAAACUUCAUGAUGGUAUGAAAACAAUACACAUUCAAUAGAAACUAUUCUUUAAAUUUUUAAUUUUGAUCUUUUCCUGGCCUAUCAAUAUGCAGUAUGAUACUUUCUUGAAAUGCUAAAUAGCAGCCAUAACCCACAACUCACAAUCAACCACACGAUCAUAAUAGGAAACAACUGGUAAUCUAUACUGUGUUACUAAGCUAGGAUGUUGGGUAGAUUUGGUGUAGUCAGUGCAUUUUCAAUUUGUGGUAUUUUUAACUUGCAGUGAGUUUAUUGGGGCAUAACCUCAUCCUAAGUCAAGGAGCAUCUGUAUAAUAAUAUAUGAAGAUCCACCUUUGAGAAUGAUGUACAUACUUUUGUCCCCAAAGGCCUGUGAAUGUUGGGGAAGAAUUCAAAACAGAAAUGAUGGGCUUUAUUUAAUGCACAGGCAAGUAUAGGCAUCAAGGAAUCACUGUAGCUUCAAUAAGUGAACAUCUUAUAUGCUAAAAGAAUUCAUCACUUUGGUAGUUGGAAUUUUACAGGUUUAUUAAGAAUGAACUACAUAUACUGCACACUGCUCUCUGUUCUGAAGAGAAACAAAAUUGUUGCACCUAAUUAUAGUAAUGCAUAUCUACUUUCUCUUACUGAUUUUUAAAUUUUACCUGAUUAUUUGUUAACAAAAUUAAAUGUUUGAAUUAAACUAAGAAAAUAUUUUUAAAAGAAGUUGAAUGAAAUUUGAAUUAUGAAAUUAUAUUAUUUUCCCCUUAAAUAUUAAAAAUGUGCAGAUGUGUA